AUGUGGUCAGUACCAUCCAUAGCUGUUCUAUUGGGAAUAUUCUGGUUCAGAAAAAAAAGAGAAUAUGCAAAAUCUGACCCAGGUGGAAGAGAAAAAAUUAAAAGUUUGAAAGAGGAACUUGCAGAAGCACUAAAUGCUCAGGCCGAAGCUAAAAGAAUUUCUCCACUGGGCAAGGCAGAGAGAUCCAUUAUUAAAUCUGCCCCCAUAGACAUUAUUCCAAACGGAAGCAAUUCACAAAGAUCUUCACCAUUAGAAUUGACAGAUGAAGAAGUUGACUUAGAAAUUGAAAAAAUUAUUAGGAAAAAGUCUAUUGAAAAAGAGAAAAGGAUGUCAGCUGGUUUUGACAAAUUUUGUUCCCUGAGCUUGAGCUCUAAAGAACCAGUUAAUGAGCCAUAUGUUGUAUGCUCCACCCUUCCAACUGUGAUCAGUGGCUUUGCAAAGAACUCUAACCUAUCACCAAAUAAAACUAUUAAGAUCAGUGAUGACAUUGUCAAUGCUCAGGAAAUGCCUAGCAAUUCACAGGUAGAAGGUGUGCAGCAAGAUAGUACAAUAGUAGAAACAUCUGUUCUUGAAAUUAAUAAAAUUGAAGACACUAACAAAGUUGAUGCAGAAGAUUUAAAUAAAAAUAUUAUUAAUAUAGAUGAUGAACAUAGAGAUAACAAUGAAAAUGAAAACACAUUUUCUACAGCACAAAACAGAUGUAUCUCUGAAAGAGAUUCUGCAAAUCAUAGUCCUAUAGACCCCCUGCUAGCUAGUCCAUCGAUGUGCCACUUUUCAGAUAACCACAGUGAGGGCUCAAGUGAUAGUGGUAAAGGAUGUUCUGAAGCAGCUAGUCCUCCACCAGCAAACAUGAACAUGGUUCCUUCUGAAAGUGCACUUAGAAUACAUCAAUUUGUCAUAUCACAGAGUCUUGUAGGACUUUUAAUAGGCAAACAUGGAUCAUUUGUUACACAAAUUAAAGCCAAAACAGGUGCAAGUGUAUAUGUUCGUAGACAUCCAGAUUCGGUCAAACAAAAAAUAUGUGCAGUGGAAGGAACUCAAAGUGAAAUAGAAGCAGCUUUAGAAAUGAUUAAAGAAAAGUUCCCAGAAAAGAAGUUCCCCAACUUUUCCUUACAAGAAAUUAGUGCUGAAUUAUAUCAAAGAUUGGUACCAUUAGUGCCAGAAUUUCUACAACUUGUUGAAUCGGUAAAUAAUGACACAAUAAUGACAUGCUUGGUGAGCGCUGGACAUUUCUUCCUACAACAACCACUACAUCCGACCUUCCCAUCGCUGCAUGCAUUACAUCGUCUCAUGGCAGCCACAUAUCAAAACCCUGAAGUACCAUCACUGCCAAGUCCAGUGAAAGAGGGUUCAAUUUGUGCUGCCCCCACUGAAAAUAACUGGUAUCGUGCUCAAGUGAUGUCAACGUCGGAGGAGAAUGAGACAUCUGUUGUCAAACUAGUGGACUUUGGAGGAUACCUCACAGUGGAUAAUGAUCAACUAAAACAAAUCCGCUCUGACUUUAUGACAUUACCUUUUCAGGCUACAGAAGCCAUGCUAGCUUUCGUAAAACCAGCAAAUAAUGAAUCGGAAUGGAGUGGUGAAGCCCUUCGUAUUAUGGCAGGCCUGACAGCAGGUCAACUGUUACACGCUCAAGUAGCUGGCUACGAUGAAGCCGGCCUUCCGCUUGUCCAUCUCUACCUCACACUCCAUCCACAGCAAGUAAUAUUCCUGAACCGAGAGCUAGUUGACCGCGGCUUGGCAGAGUGGGACAUUCCGGCGGAGUCGUGA